AUGCUUAACAUCUCAGUCGCGUCAGCGAUCUGCGCAGCUCUUAUAGCCCUGAUCACCAUAGAUCCCGUAGACAGAACCGUCUGCGAGGAGAAGGUAGCCAUCUCAAUGCGGAUGGACGGAAAACCACAUGGCAUUGCUACAAAGUCUGGCCUGAAAAUUGAGACGUUUUCCUCGUGGCUCGCUGAUCAUAUAAGGUGUUUUGCGUAG